UCCGCCGAAAAUUCCAUGGAUUCAACAGCCCAACGCCGCCGCCUUAGAGCAAUUCAGAACCACCUCAUCUACACCGCCGGCACCCAACAACCUCUUCUCCGGACCAACCAUACCACUGGCGAGUUCUUUAUUGAGCAAGGGUACAGUGUUGUGCUUCCAGAGAAAUUGCGGACAGGGAAGUGGAAUGUACACAGAUCUGCACGCACUCCUUUGAAGCUUUUAAGUGGAUUCCCCGAUCAUCCUGAAAUUGGUACCUUGCAUGAUAAUUUUGUGCACUCAGUUGAGACUUUUCGAGAUUAUAAAUAUUUGGGUACUCGAGUUCGUUUAGAUGGAACAGUUGGAGAGUACAAAUGGAUGACAUAUGGCGAAGCAGGUACUGCUCGAUCAGAAGUUGGUUCUGGUCUAGUGUUUCAUGGGAUACCAAAGGGAGCUUGUGUUGGAUUGUAUUUUAUCAACAGACCAGAAUGGCUAAUAGUCGAUCAUGCGUGCUCUGCAUAUUCAUAUAUAUCAGUUCCUUUAUAUGACACCCUUGGUCCAGAUGCUGUAAAAUAUAUUGUGAAUCAUGCUGUUGUACAAGCUAUAUUUUGUGUGCCGCAGACAUUGAAUACUCUGCUGAGCUUCUUGUCUGAGAUUCCUUCUCUACGUUUAAUAGUGGUGGUUGGAGGGGUAGAUAGUCAAAUGCCAUCACUUCCAUCAACAACAGGAGUUGAGGUUGUAACAUAUUCAGAACUACUUAGUCAGGGCUGCAAAAGCCUUCAGCCAUUCUGCUCACCAAAACCUGAUGAUGUUGCCACAAUUUGCUAUACAAGCGGUACAACUGGGACACCAAAGGGAGCUCUAUUGACUCAUGGAAACUUGAUUGCAAAUGUUGCUGGGGUAUUCCUUACCGUCAAAUUCUAUCCAUCUGAUGUUUUCAUAUCAUAUCUUCCUUUGGCACACAUAUAUGAACGGGCUAACCAGGUGAUGACGGCACAUUUUGGAGUCGCAGUUGGAUUUUACCAGGGAGACAAUUUGGAAUUAAUGGAUGAUAUUGCCGCUCUAAGACCCACUAUAUUUUGCAGUGUUCCACGCUUGUACAAUCGAAUAUAUGCUGGUGUCAUGAACACUGUAAAGAUGUCUGGUGUCCUGAGAGAGAGGCUAUUUAAUGCUGCCUACAAUGCUAAGAAGCAAGCGAUAUUGAGUGGCAAGAAUCCAUCUCCAAUGUGGGACAGACUGGUGUUCAAUAAAAUAAAGGAAAAGCUUGGAGGCCGAGUUCGUUAUUUGAUUUCAGGUGCCUCACCCUUGUCUCCUGAUGUCAUGGACUUCUUGAGGGUGUGCUUUGGUUGUCAAGUUGUAGAAGGAUACGGAAUGACUGAGGCCUCUUGUGUUAUAAGCGUUAUGGAUCAGGGUGACAACCUAUCUGGUCAUGUUGGCUCUCCUAAUCCUGCUUGCGAGAUAAAGCUUGUAGAUGUUCCGGAAAUGAACUACACGUCUGAGGAUCAGCCCUAUCCACGGGGAGAAAUCUGUGUAAGGGGCCCUACUGUAUUCCAAGGUUACCAUAAAGACGAAGUGCAGACGAGAGAAGUUAUUGAUGAAGAUGGAUGGCUUCAUACAGGAGACAUAGGUUUGUGGUUCUCUGGAGGUCGCCUAAAAAUAAUUGAUAGGAAGAAGAACAUUUUUAAGUUGGCACAGGGAGAGUAUAUAGCUCCAGAGAAAAUCGAGAAUGUAUAUGCUAAAUGCAAGUUUAUUGCACAGUGCUUUAUAUAUGGUGACAGCCUGAACUCUUCCUUGGUUGCUGUUGUCUCGGUCGACCAGGAUGUGUUGAAAGCUUGGGCUUCAACUGAAGGCAUCAAGUAUGAAGAUCUAGGACAACUGCGCAGUGAUGCAAGAGCUAGGGCUGCUGUCUUGACUGACAUGGACGUCAUUGGAAGGGAAGCUCAGUUGAGGGGUUUUGAAUUUGCAAAAGCUGUAACUUUGGUUGUCGAACCAUUUACAUUGGAGAAUGGUCUGCUCACUCCAACAUUUAAGAUCAAGAGACCUCAAGCAAAGGCAUAUUUUGCCAAAGAAAUUGCUGACAUGUAUGCGGAACUUUCGACUUCUGAUCCCUCUCCCAAGAGCAUGUUGUGAAAUACAGCCUCAAAUACAGAGGAUGAUCCGGCAUUUCCAUUUUUUAUUUUUAAGCAGUGUCCAACUCGAAAAACUUACCAAUUACAACAUUUCACGAACUACUGUUUGAUAUUGUAGCCAACAUCACUGAGUAACAUUUGAGCAUUGUAGCCAUAUUUGAGUUUAGUUUAUAUCCCUUGAUAUUCAGGCCA